AUGGCUGAUUCAGAAUCUAUCGCGAACUUUGCGAGCAUCACCGGGGCCAACGACACAGCUGCCAGGCGCAUGCUGGAGCUGUGCGGCGGUGAUCUGGAGCAAGCCAUCCAGCUCUGGUUUGCCGACGAAGAGCUUCAACGUACCCUUUCCAACCCCGCGACAGAGACAGCUCCCGCUGCCGCUUCUCGAUCUGCUGGCGCCUCUCGCUCGUCAAGCCGGCCCAGCCGCCCUAAUGUCGGCCGUGAGGACGCUGCCGGUGUUAUUCACAUCGACUCUGACGACGAUGAUAUCCAAAUGACGGAAGAUGAUGACCUAGGACAAUUCGACGACUCGGGCGAUGAGGCAACGAGGGCGGCCACCAUUGCCCAGAGGGCCCAGGAGGAGGAGGAUGCCGCCAUGGCAAAGAGACUACAAGAAGAGAUGUACGGCGGUGGUGGAUCCGGAGCUGGAGGUCCAAGCGGUGAGGACGACGUUCGUGCCCCCAUGGCCCGAACGACAGAGACUCUCGUUGCCCCAGGAGGCUUCGGCGGAGACGACGAAGAGAUGUUUGAGCAGUUUCGGCUGGAACAACAGAGGGUGAGGCAAGCUCGGGCAGGGCGGCCCCAUAACCCGUUCGCACAGCCCACUGUUUGGGAUCAGCCUCCCGAUCCCAUUCCCGGCUCCGCUGCCGGUGGUGUGGUUUCUCCCCCGACAGGAACUGCCUCAACGCGGGCUGGCCGUCUGGCAGAGCUUUUCCGUCCCCCGUACGAGUUGAUGGCACAUCUUAGCUGGGAUGAAGCGCGUGACGAGGGCAAGGAGGAGAAGAAGUGGAUCAUGGUUAAUCUCCAGGAUAUGGCUGAUUUCAACUGCCAGGCCCUCAAUCGAGACAUUUGGAAGGAUGAGCCAAUCAAGGAGCUCGUUAAGCACAACUUUGUCUUCUUGCAGUACGACAAGACGGACCGCUCAGCCGAGCAGUACAUUUCGUUUUACUUUCCGAACCAGACACACGAAAAUCCUCAAAACUAUCCCCAUGUCUCCAUUAUCGAUCCCCGCACAGGCGAGCAGGUCAAGGUGUGGAGCGGCGUUCCGUUCCCCAAACCGCUGGAGUUUCAUGCUCAGCUGGCCGAGUUCCUGGACAGGUACAGCUUGGAGGCUCACGCUAAGAACCCCGUCCUCAAGACAAAGCAGCCCAAGCAGGUGGUGGAUGUGGACAGGAUGACGGAGGAAGAGAUGCUUGAGAUGGCACUUCGCAACAGCCUCGAGAACGGAGGCAAUGGCAGCUCUUCGGCGCCCAAGGUCCACGACCCUGAUGCGCUUACCAGGCCGACAGACUCCACCAAGGGCAAGGAGCGAGCCGAUGAAGAGCCCGCUCAGGCGGCUCCUGAGCCUGAACCUGAGACUCCCUCCACCGAGAACUCCGUUUUUGCUCAGAUCGCCUCGGACCGACCGCAUGUCGAGCCCCCCAUCGACCCCGCCACCGUGACGAGACUGCAGGUCCGCAAUCCGCCGCAGCGCAUCAUUCGCCGAUUCAGACUUGACGAACCCGUUCGCCGUAUCUACGAGUGGCUUAAGGCCGAGCCCCUGCCGGGCAAGGAGGGACUCGAGUUCGAGCUCAAGUCUAUGCCUGGAGGCGUCAACCUGCUUGAUGUUAUUGAUCAGACGAUCAAGGAGGCCGGUCUGGCUAAUGGCACUGUCAUGGUUGAGUUCAUUGAGGAAUAGGAUAGCCAUGAGCCUGUUGACCAACUCACACAGAAGAUGGGUAGGCCCGGGUGGAUGGAUGACUAGAGAUGGCUUUAUUUCUAGACGGGUUAUUAUACCUUUUUACAGCACAAGGAAGGAUAUAUCGUGUU